UCGCGCCUGUCAUCGCGACAGCACUACAUCGUUGAUGUUCAUCAAACGCAUUGAACAAAUCAAACCUGAAACAAAGAUUCGAAUACGAAGUAAAAAGUUGUGGUGAAUGAUUAAUACAUAAAUAUUCUAAACUAUGGACUCGAGUCAGAUCAUCGGUUUUAAAAAUACAUCCUAUUAGCGGAUACUUGUGCAGUUAUCUGUGUAUGUGUCAAACGUCAGAUGUUCCAGUAAUUAGGUUAAAUUAUAACGAUGCUCCUGAUUAGACAAGUCUAGAAGACUGUUAGAAUAAGAUUUCAGUUGCCCAUGAACGCUCCCAGCUAAUAAUAUGGCAGAUAAUGAAGAAGAUACCCUGAAAUUGGAAGUGCCAAAGACCGAAGAGCCCUCCGUUGAUGCACCAAGUGAAAGUGAUGCUCCGCAAAGCCUGGAACCAGUUUCAUCAGACCCAAAUUUGCCAGGAAACGAUCAGCCGCAAGCCUUAGCCAGGGAUUCAACAAAAAUUGAUGUUUAUCUAAAAGCUACUGGUAAUGCACCCAUCAUGAAAAAAAAGAAAUGGACUGUCAACCAAGACCAGCACAUUGGCUGGAUAUCAGAGUUCAUUAAAAAAUAUCUUAAGCUAGAACCCAGUGAGAGAUUGUUCCUGUACAUUAACCAGACAUUUGCUCCUGCACCAGAUCAGACAGUGAAGAACCUAUAUGACUGUUAUGGAAUCGAUGGAAAGCUUGUUAUUCACUACUGUAAAUCUCAUGCGUGGGGGUGAUGUAAAUUAUGCAUUGCAAAGAAUCUUUGGCAGUAUAUAUUUUCUUAUAUGUGAUUCAUUUAGGUGCCACUAUUUAUUGCAGGCUCGAAUGUCCCUACUGAUUUCAAAGUGGCUCAUUAAACUGCUUGCAAAAUAUAAA